CCAUAUCUGCCUAUAUGUAAUAAAGUGAACACUCCCUAUAUUUGAAACCUACACAAUACACAUAAUCUUCAUACUCUUCUUCUCAAAGAUACAAUUUUCGUAUGGCGGCUGUUCGGUGGCGGGUGGCGAUUUUUUUGGGUGUGUUCGCCGCUAGCCAAUUGGUGGAUAUUCAUAUUGGGCAUGCUCAAACUACAACUACAAACGCCACUACUGAUCCAUCUGAAGCAAGAGCUCUGAACCGAAUGUUCGAGCGAUGGGAAAUUUCAGCGACAGAUAGUUGGAACAUUAGCGGAGAGGUUUGCAGCGGUGUUGCUACUAAUGCUACUAAUGUUGAAACCAAUAACAUUAAUCCCUCUAUCAAGUGUGACUGCUCCUACGACAACAACUCCACUUGCCAUAUCAUUCUCUUGCGAGUUUAUGAUUUGAAUGUUGCUGGCCCUCUUCCUGAUGAACUCUGGAACUUCACUUAUCUCAGUAAUCUAAUCUUGGACAAAAACUAUUUGACAGGUCCCAUUCCAGCUGCCAUCGGAAAUCUUAGUCGAAUGCAAUACUUGAGCAUUGGCCAUAAUGCAUUAUCCGGGCCACUUCCAAGGGAACUUGGGCUGCUCACCGACCUCAGAUUCUUGGCAUUUGGUACAAACAGUUUCUCUGGCCCUUUACCAUCUGAACUCGGGAGCUUAACACGGUUAUCACAAAUAUAUAUCGAUAGUUCUGGAGUUAGUGGUCCUAUACCUGCAUCAUUCGCAAAUCUACGCAACUUGGAGAGAGUAUGGGCAUCAGACAAUGGAUUCACAGGGCCGAUACCUGACUUCAUCGGAAGCUGGUCAAGUCUUACCCUACUGAAAUUUCAAGGAAAUUCAUUUGUAGGACCAAUACCAGCAUCUUUCUCAAAUUUAAGCUUGUUGAAUGACUUGAGGAUUAGUGAUGUAUCCAAUGCCAAUGGUAGCUCAUCCCUCAACUUCCUCAGAAACAUGACCUCUCUAUCGACCUUAGUGUUGAGGAACAACAAUAUUUCUGGUAGCAUACCUUCCUUUCUGGAGGGAUUUUGGAGUUUGACAUUUCUGGAUUUGAGCUUCAACAAUUUGAAUGGCACAGUUCCAGAGUUCCUUUUCAUCCAGACUCCUCUAACUAACAUAUUUCUUGGUAGUAACAAGUUAACUGGUGGACUACCGUCGCAGAAGAGUUCAUCACUCGGGAACAUAGAUUUAUCGUACAACGAAUUAUCCAGAAGCUUUCCGUCUUGGAUCAAUGAAGAUAACUUACAAGUUAAUGUGGUUUCCAACAACUUCACCUUUGGAGAUUCUAACACUGCUUCCAGAACUCUACCUUCUGGUUUAGAAUGUCUCCAGAAGAAUUUUCCGUGCAGUCGAGGACAGCCUACUUAUUCAAGGUUUGCAGUGAACUGUGGUGGUAGAAGUAUUACAUCUAAUGAUGGGAUAGAGUAUGAAGCAGACACUGAGGCUCUUGGUCCAGCCACGUAUUAUACGAGCUCUACACGUAGAUGGGCAGUUAGCAAUUCCGGUUUUGCUGUUGACAACGCUGCACCGGAGUACAUAAGCUCUACAUCUACAUCAUCUCAGUUCACCAAUACUCUAGAUUCGGAGCUGUUCCAAAGUGUCCGUCACUCUGCUGGUGAUCUCAGAUAUUACGGCUUAGGCCUUCAAAAUGGUAACUACACUGUAAGGCUCCAGUUUGCAGUGACAAUCAACCCUGGUAUUGGGAGUUGGCAAACAGCUCAAAGGCGUGUUUUUGACAUAUACGUCCAGGGGGGUUUGGAAGAGAAGGAUUUUGAUUUGCAGAGAGAGACUGGAAGGGACCCUUUUAGAACUGUGACACGGGAAUUCACUGUAGAGGUAGUCGAAAACUAUAUGGAAAUCCAUCUCUUUUGGGCCGGAAAAGGGACCUGCUGUGUACCUGCUCAAGCUGUGUAUGGACCUUUAAUUUCUGCAAUAAGUGCUACACCAAAUUUCGUUCCAACCGUUUCGGAUAAUCCUCCUGGUGGUAGUAAAAAGAACCAGACCGGUCUGAUUGUUGGCAUUGUUGUUCCAGUUUCAGUUGCAGCUUCGCUUUUUACAUUUGCAUUUUGUUACUUAUCACAAAGAAGAAAAAAGCAAAAGAACAUCGACGAUGAAGAGUUUCUAGGGAUCGAUGCUCAAACUUACACGUUCAGUUACGCGGAACUUAGAGCUGCUACUGGCGACUUCGACCCUUCUAACAAGCUCGGAGAGGGAGGAUUUGGACCUGUCUAUAAGGGAACACUCGCGGAUGGAAGACUAGUUGCGGUGAAACAACUCUCAGUGGCAUCACACCAAGGCAAGAGUCAGUUUGUAGCGGAGAUUGCAACUAUAUCAGCCGUGCAGCAUCGCAACCUUGUGAAAUUGUACGGAUGCUGCAUUGAGGGAGUGAAGCGCCUCCUCGUGUAUGAAUAUCUGGAGAACAAGAGCCUCGACCAGAUACUAUUUGGAGCGAGCAGCGAGAUGUUAAGGCUAGCAACAUUCUGCUCGAUUCUGAUCUCGUGCCUAAACUCUCUGACUUCGGAUUGGCCAAAUUGUACGACGACAAACAGACUCAUAUCAGCACUAGAGUCGCAGGCACAAUUGGUUAUCUAGCACCGGAAUAUGCCAUGCGUGGCCAUCUCACCGAGAAGGCUAAUGUCUUCAGCUUUGGCGUCGUCGCUCUUGAAAUCAUCAGCGGGAGGCUCAAUUCCGACACAAGUUUGGAAACUGAGAGGGUGUAUCUUC